AUGUCUUUGGAUAAGUUUGAUGUUUCUUUGAUUCGUUUCAAUGGCAAGAACUACUCUGCUUGGGCAUUUCACUUCAGGAUUUUCGUCAAAGGUAAGGAGGCGUGGGGACAUGUUGAUGGAAGUAACCUAACUCCUGACAAAAACAAAGACAACGACCAGCAUGCCAAGUGGGAAGUCAAGGACGCUCAAGUUAUAGCAUGGAUUUUAGGAUCUAUCGAACCCAAUAUCAUCCUGAACCUUCGAUCAUCUCAGCCUGCAGCUCAGAUGUGGACUUACCUAAAGAAGAUUUAUAGUCAACGAAACAUUACUCGUCGGUUCCAGCUUGAACAUGAAUUGGCCGCUCUCCAACAUGAUAGCUUUUCUAUCUCUGAUUUUUACUCUAGAUUCACUAAUCUUUGA